AUGUCUGAGGGUCUUCAUAUGUCUGAAGGUCUUUGUCAGUCCCAGUUUGUUGGUCCCUCUGUGGGUGGUAGUCCCUCUCCCAGGUGGACCCGGGUCCCGUGGGAACCGCUGCUGCGAAAAGAAGCUCUGAACAAACACGACUUCUUCACCCCCGGGGGCAUCCCUUUCCUCAUCCUCGAGAAGCUCAAGAUCAUCACGUACAGGAACCUCUUCAAGAAAGUGUACCUGCUGCUGCGGACCCACCAGCUGCCUCUGGCCUCCUUCCUGGUGGCUCUGCAGAUGAUGCAGCUGCAGGAUGUGGACCUGGACGAGGUGCAGUGCAUCCUGGCUAACCUCAUAUACAUGGGUCACAUCAAAGGCUACAUCUCCCACCAGCACCAGAAGCUCGUGGUCAGUAAACAGAACCCAUUCCCUGCUCUGUCCUCCGUCUCAUAGACUACGUUACCCACAAUCCCUUCUACUCAAACAUUCUUGAUUUUGUACCGGAAAGUGUUUGAUGUUGAAUAAAAUCUGAAGCUUGUA